GGCUGUUGAUCAUGUUCUACCGAGAGUUCUGCCGAGUUGGGACUGCGCGCAGUUCAGAAUGAGCGCCAGCACGGACGACACGAUUCCUGUGGAGAUGGAAUCCUCGUCAUUUUCACAGGUUGUCUUUAAUGACGUGCCGCACGUCUAUCCUCCAAACAUCUCCGUGACGUGCUUUUAUACACUGACUGGUGGUUUGAAGCCCACCACUAAGGACUGGAUAGGUAUUUACAAGGUUGGUUGGACUUCUACAACACAGUACCACACCUAUGUAUGGGUGAAAGUGUCUUCUGAUCAGGUGGGACAGGAAUCAGUAAUACAAAAAUGUGACUUCCAUGAGUCGUACCUCCCCAAAGAUGACGGUGAAUUCUAUCAGUUUUGUUAUGUGGAUGGCAACGGUCAGGUCAAAGGAGCCAGUACUCCUUUCUCCUUUUCUCGGACGCCAGUAGAGGGAGGCCUGGACUGCAGUCUCGAACAAGAUCUCUUAGUAAUCACAACACAGGAGCAGGCAGAGAAGAUGGAGCAAGAGAGAGAGGAGCUUCUGAAAAAAAUAAAUUUGCUGAGUGACGAAAACAAAAUCCUGAAAAACGAGCUGGAUGACAGACUGAAAGAGAUUCACCGUCUGAGGAUGCAAAUGGAGAAGAGCAGUCAGGAUAAGAGUGAGUUACAGUCAGAGCCACCAAAAGAGAAGGAACCUGAGAGUUCCCAGCAAGAACAGACCCUCCUCGGCACCUCGUUUCUAAGCGACUACAAGAAGGAAGUUGAGUCUCUGAGCUGCAUGCAGGAGAGGUAUGAGAAAGCAGUUCAGAAGAUCAACAUGCUGAAACAGGAGCGGGCACAGCUCAGGGAGCAGAUUGAAGCCCAGAGCGCAGAGAUCUCACGGUUGAACUCCAAGGAAAAAGAAGCGGAUCAGGAAUUUAACAAACUUCAAGAUGAAGUUCAGUUGCUAAAGGUGGAUCUCCAGAGCAGUCGUAAAGAGAACGAAAGGCUGCUUGCUGAAAUGCAGGAAGUUCGAGAUUUGAAAGUGGAACUGGAAGGGGCGAGGACUGAGAACCAGUCUUUGCGUGCCACCCUGUCGGAGGAAGAACAGGUGCAGAAGCAGGCCCUUCUCAAACAGCUGACGGAUGCCAGGGGCCUUCUACGUCAGGAGAUACAGAACAGUAAAGAUGCGCAGAAACGUGCCGAAAGACUUGAGCAGGAACUGAGGCAGACAAAAGAAGAGCUAGAGCAGAGGGCUGUGGUCUUGGACCAGAAGAACCAAAAGAGCAGUGAAUUCGAGGCAGAGCUGAAAAACACCCAGAGAAGGCUGACUGAGCAGGAAGUUGCAUAUAAGGAGGUGACUGAGGAAAAUGAAAACCUCAGGUCGGAGUUACAGAAGCUCCAGCAGACGGUGAUUGAUCUCCAGAUUGCCGCUGUGAGUGCUGCUGGGAACAGCAUUGACCUGAACUUAACUCCACCUCCCUCAUCCACCACACAGCCACAGUCUCCAACCAACCCUCCCAUCUACGAGAACUUCCCUGAUAUUCCAGGAAAUCCUUCAGGUGCCAACAACCAGGUUCUGGUGUGUCAGCACUGUCAGGAGCAUUUCCCGGACAUCAGUGAGGAUGAGCUGGCCAUACACGAGCAGAGCCAUAAGGUCUGUCCAUUCUGUACUCUGAUCUGUGACACCAUGGACCAGCAGGAGUUUGAAGAUCACGUUUACAGUCACGAAGAGUAGAGUCUUCCCGAAAAUAAGCUACCGAAAACCACCUCGGGCUGGAACGGUGACAUCAGGACGAUGUCCGCUAAAGCGUUCAUGUAGAGAAUUACAAGUAUAAUCCACAAGUAGUUAUGGGAGGCAAACAAUACCUUUUUAGAAAUGCAUUUUCAAUAUAUUUUCAAUAUAUUUUAGGUUUGUUUUCCUGCUCUUUCAUCUGUUUUACUGUAACCAAAAAACUGUAGUAAUCCAGAAAUGCUUAAAAAAAAUAAUGAUGACUUACUGGAAGAGAAAGUGUGACCUGUUAAAUUUAGGGAGUAAUUUUCAGUUUACUCACAGACUGUAAAAUAUAUCGUCAAUGGCUAUUUAAUCGAUAAAACUCAGAGGACAAAAAAAACAUGCCAUCAACUGGCCUCUGAAGAACAAAGAUUUAAACUGUAAUGUAGAUAAAUUAAAUCAACACAUUUAACCAUUCUUUACUAUGUACACUAGUAAAUAAACAUGAAAAUUUAUUUUCAUUAAAGGCAAAAGAAAAACAAAAAGAAAAAUGAUCUCAUGCACA